AUGGAGAACAAACAGCAAAGCAAUGGCAUGAUGAAAGAAAAUAAUGGAGUCAAGAAAAAAGUGAACUGGUCUGGGAGUCUUAUUUUAGCCUCCUUAACUGGUGCUUUUGGGUCGUCGUUUCUUUAUGGUUACAAUCUGUCGGUGGUGAACGCUCCCGCAGGGUAUAUCAAGAAGUUUUACAAUGAAACCUGGGAGAGGAGGUAUGGCUUCUCAGUGGAUGAAGGCACGCUGACGCUUCUCUGGUCCAUAACUGUUUCUAUUUUUGCCAUCGGUGGCCUUGUGGGUGCCAUUAUUGUUACUCCAAUUCCAUCUUUGCCUUUUAGGAAAUGCACGUUGGUGCUCAAUAACGUGUUUGCAGUGGCAGCUGCCUUGUUGAUGUCCCUGUCCUUGCUGGCAGGGUCGUUUGAAAUGCUCAUACUGGGCCGCAUUAUCAUGGGUGUUGAUGCAGGCAUUUCCUUAAGUGCUCUCCCCAUGUAUUUGAGUGAAAUAUCUCCUAAGGAAAUCCGUGGUUCAUUGGGUCAGGUCACAGCAAUUUUCAUUUGUAUUGGUGUUUUCACUGGUCAAGUUUUGGGGCUUCCAGAAAUAUUUGGGCAAGAAUCUCGGUGGCCUUUCUUGUUUGGAGCAAUCAUUGUUCCAUCAUUGAUACAAGUCGUGAUUCUGCCUUUUCUUCCUGAAAGUCCUCGGUACCUCCUCCUUGAAAAGCAUGACAGGAGCAAGGCAGAAAAAGCAUUUCAGAGAUUCCUUGGGAAAGAUGACGUGUCUCACGAAAUAGAAGAAGUUUUGGCAGAGUCUCGAGUGCAAAGGAACACCAAGCUGGUGUCCAUUGUGCAGCUGCUGAGAACCCGCGCGGUGCGAUGGCAGAUCGUCACCGUGGUCGUCACCAUGGGCUGCUACCAGCUCUGUGGGCUAAACGCUAUCUGGUACUACACAAACAACAUCUUUAGUGAAUCUGGGAUCAAUCACGAGACAAUCCCUUAUGUGACACUAAGUACUGGUGCUGUUGAGACUCUGGCUGCUGUAUUUUCUGGUUUAGUUAUUGAGCGGCUUGGACGCAGGCCUCUCCUCAUUGGAGGUUUUGGGUUGAUGAUCGUCUUCUUUGCCGUACUCACUGUCUCCCUGACUCUGCAGAGCUCUGUGCAUUGGCUUCCUUACCUCAGUAUAUUUUGUAUCCUUGCAAUCAUUGCAUCAUUCUGCAUUGGACCAGGUGGGAUUCCCUUUGUCCUCACUGGAGAGUUUUUCCAGCAGUCACAGAGGCCAGCCGCAUUCAUGAUAGCUGGGACAGUGAACUGGCUCUCCAACUUCGCUGUGGGACUGCUCUUCCCCUUCAUCCAGAUCAGUUGUGAUACCCACAUGUGUUAUUUUUUGUUUGCCAGCAUCUGCUUUGCAGGAGCGACCUACCUGUUUUUUGUCCUGCCUGAAACAAAAAAUAAGACAUUUCAGCAGAUCAGCCAAGCAUUUGCCAAAAGGAAUAAAGUAACUUUAGAAAUGCAAGAGAUGAACCACUACCCAGGGGAGAGGAAAUCAAGUGAAGAACACGAAUCAAACUUCACAUCUUCAGUGGACAAUGGGGAAACCAAAAAAGGGAUCGUGUAAACCCAAGAUGCUCUUUCAGGGGAUGGGGGAAAGCAUGCUCUUUGCAUUUAUAGUGGUACACAACUUGUAUAUUUUAUGAUCUCAUGAACUGCUUCCCCCCGAAAAUGUUCAAAGUGAGUAUGGGUGAACUCAUUAGCAGCUGGGGUAAUGGCUGAGACAGUGAGGGGUGGGAGGAGCAGCGACUGAUAAAGUAAAUGAGAUGGGGUUUCCUUGGCACCUGUGAAGCAAGUGCUGUGGCGAGUGGGAUGGGGAAUACAGACUUGGAGCUGUGAAGUGGCACUGGGAGCCAGGGUUUUGAGCAGCAGCUGGCUGAGCACCCCUAUGUGCUCACAGGAAGGUGAGUGCACUCUCUCCAAGAGGAGGAGGAGGCAGGGACAAGGGAAGAGAUCCCAGUGGGGGUCUGCUGAGAAGCAAACCUGAAAUGGCACCAGAACGCAUUUCCCCACAUUUUCCAAGAUGUCAUUCAAGCUGCCCAUGUGAACUGACAUGACAUUCCCUGCCCUCUCAUUCAUUUUCUAGCUAUUUUGACUAUCAGUUGCAUUGUUUGAACAUCUUCUACCUUCCCACAAAUGGGUAGCUCUGGGUCCUGAUGAGUUUCCUUGUCUCACUUGCAAAUCCUGAUUCAUUAGCAAUAAGCUGUCUCUAGUUUCUGGGUUUGCUGCCACUGCAUUUCUCUGAAGAUAAGUAUUUACAUAAUUUUAUUUUUUAAGAACAAACUUAGAGGCUUUAAUAUGAAAAGAAAACUAAACCUCAUGGUGAAGUGAGAAAACUGAUGGUAUGUGUAGGGCAUAGUAUUAUUGAAACAAAAAUUCAAACAUGAAGUGUUCCAAGGGCUGGGGUUUUUAAUUGUUUUCUUUGCUUAUUCCUUUUCUUUUCAAAUUCCUUUUAAAACAAGUCUUAGGAGCCCAGAUUUCCCUGAGACCUGAUAACUUCUUAA